AUGCAUUUACUGCUAUUUGACAUAUUUACUUUUAAUUAGGGAAGACUUAAUAAUCUCACUGUUUUUAAAUCUUAAAGUAAAUUUCUUACUUUUCGCUUUUGUGUAUUUAGACCGUUUCAUAACUUAUCAUCUCGUUUUUGUGACGAGUAUUAAGAUGCAUCACUGUUUUGAUUAUGAAAAUACAUUUCAAACUUUAUCUUCAGAGUUUCAAUCAUCAUUAUCAUAUGCAGCAUCCAGCUCUACUUCAUCAUAUGGAAACCCUUAUUUGACUAUUAACAGUGAACUCCCAGACAAAUUUAGAUUUCGAUAUCGCAAUGAGGGGCCUCAUGGAGGUUUACAACCAAUAAUCGAAUUACAUGGUUGUGAUGAUCCAUCAGGUAUAUACAUUAAAGCUUCUUUGUACACCAAUGAAGAAAUACCUAGAUUGCAUGUUACUAACUGUCUUUUUGGAAAACAUUGCGAUGAUGGAGUGUGCUGGAUGAAAUUGUCUGAAGACUUUACAGCAGAGUUUCCUCAACUGCCAAUUUUGAUUAAGAAAAUGGAUGAAACAAAAGUCAUUUUAGAAGAAAGAAUUAAGCAAAGAUAUUUGGAGCAAGGGAAAAGUAUUUCUGAAAAAAAUCUGAAAAAAGAAUCAAAAAUGGAAUUAAAAGGAUAUAACAGUAAUUGUGUUAAGUUUUGCUUUGAAGCCUUUUAUAAAAAAGAUGAAAAUUUUCCUGUAUGCAAGAAAAUAUUUUCAAAACCAGUUAAUUUCUUCAAAAGUAAAGAUACUGUUAAAAAGUUAAAUAUUUCUCGAUUAUCAAGAUACACAGGAAAGGUGACUGGAAAUGAAGAUACAAUAUUGUUAUGUGAUGAAAUAGACAAAGAUGAUAUUGAGAUUGUGUUCUUCAGUUUGGACAAUGAUCAAAAUGAGGAUUGGAAAGAAAAUGCAAAAUUCCUUCCUUCUGAUGUCCAUCAUCAGGUUGCUAUAUGUUUCCAAACUCCUCCUUUCAAAGAGAAUAUCGAAAAAGAAGUUUUCAUUCAACUUCGUAGCAAGUCAAAUGGAAUGAAAAGUAAUGCAGUGAACUUCCGUUAUGUACCUUGUCACGAGUUGGAACCAGAAUUAAUAGUACAGCAAACAAAGAAACGGAAAAGACUGGCCGAAGAUCUCCUCGAAGGUGACCUUUCUAUGUCACUGGCAAGUUCUUCAAAAACUGAGCAAAUAAAAGCUUUUGGUGACUUAGAUGGUUAUCUAGGAUUGAAACCUCCUCUAUCAAUGUCUAUUUUUGAAACUGGUGAAUCAUCUAAUGAUGAUAAGCCAUCUAACGAGUUGCCAGUUGAAAUACAAGACUCCUUUAACUUAAACUUAUUCGAUGAAGUAAAUUUUGAUGGUCUCAUUGAUAAUCUGGCAUCUCUAAAUAUUAAAGAAAAGACUUCUGAGGGGAUAAUGAAUAAAAGCUGCUCUUCAGAAGCAGAACAGGAGCAAAUACUAAAAAGUAGUGUUACAAAUCAGAUCAAAGGAAGCAGAAAGGAUACAUUUUUUAAAUUUCUUCCAACGUUAAUAGCUUUUGAAGAUGAAAACGAAAAUAAUAUCUUGCAUUUGUUUGUUAUUGAAGAAAGUGAAGAUGUAUCUUUGUUAUUAAAAAUGUUGGAAUAUGCUCCUAUUGAUCUUCUAAACCAAGUCAACAAAAUGCAUAUGACACCACUGUUGAUUGCUGUGAGUAAAAAUUUAUGGAAAAUAGUCAGAAUCCUAUUGAAGCAUGGUGCUGAUCCAAAAGUCAAAGAUAAAAAUGGGAAUAAUUGUGUACAUUUAGCAGCUAUGUUUAAUUUUCCAUUUUGUAUGAGAGAAGUUUUAGCUUCUCUAUUAGGGGAUUCCACACAAAAGUACCUUCUAGAUAUUAAUGGUUUAAACUAUGAUGGUCUUGCUCCUUUGCAUUUGUCUAUUAUAAGCAAUUCUGAAAUAUGCACAAAACUGCUUUUCGAAGCCAACGCAAAUGCCAAUAUCACUGAUGGAAAAUCUGGGAAAACACCUCUCCAUUUUGCAUAUGAGAGAAGUCCUGACUUGAUUGCAUUUUUACGGACACAAUCUGAAAUAGAUCCUGAUGCUAAAGAUUACAGUGGUAAUAUACCUAAGUCAUGCCUACCUAGUACAUCUAACACUUCUUCACCUAUCAUACUAGAGCUUAAUGAAAAGGUAUCUUUAAAAUCAAAAUGCUCUGAGAUAAACAAGAUUGGAUAUAAAGAUGAAAAGCAAAUUAACUCAUGUGAAUUGCAUGAUAAUAAGAAAAGUCAUAUUUAUAAAAAUGAGGAAGCCUUUUGCAAGGAAUUAGAUUCAAAUGGACUUUGGAAGAAACUGGCAUUAUAUGUAAUGGAUGAAAAAGAAUUGAACACAAUUGCGAUUAUGGAUCCUAAUCCUACCCGGACUGUUUUAAACCAACUCAAAAAACACGGUUGUGAAGAUUAUGAUAAGAAAUUGAAGUUUAUUUUAGAAGAUAAUGAAUUAAAGCCAUAUGCUAAAUUACUAGUAUUGGUUGGAUCCAGCACAACUUUUGAGGAUAUUACAAACUUUUGAUAAAAGAAGGAACAUUUUUGUAUCAUCAUGAUUUUUGUAUACAAUGGCUAUUGUUAAAUUUGUUGAGUUUAUAAUAUUAUAAUCAUAAAUUAUUAUUCUCAUAAGUUAUAUUUAUUUUGUACAAUUCUAGUCACAAUUUGUUGUAUAAAACCUAUUAGCUUUUAUUACUAAAAUUAUAAUUUAUUUUUUAGUGUUAAAAUAUAUAUAUUUUUUAAUGUGAAAAAUUUUUAAUUGUAA